GUAUUUUUGAAAGACUUCCAGCAUUUUUAUUUAUAAGAUAUUUAACCACACUGAUUUUCGCUAAGGAAAGUUAGAACAAUGCAAGGACUUGGACUUCAAAGCCUAAAAAAAAAUCCAGCUUUGAUUCCACUUUACGUGUGUGUUGGAGCAGGAGCUAUUGGUGCCGUUUACUAUAUGGCUCGGCUUGCCACCCGGAACCCGGAUGUCACUUGGAACCGCACAUCAAAUCCCGAACCAUGGCAAGAGUAUAAAGAAAAACAGUAUAAGUUUUACUCGCCUGUGAGGGAUUAUUCGAAAACAAAGAGUGCUGCACCAAACUUUGAGGAAUAAAUUACAUGUAUUCGGUUAUCGUAAUUUAAAUAAAGAACAUGUAGUUUGAAAUUAAAAUUAAGAACUGCAUUGCA